CCCCCAUUUGAAACACGGGGAUGAGCUUCGGAAGUCUGUCCUUUGGUCUGAUGGAGCUGUUCGGGCACAUGGACGUCGCUCUUGUUUGGCGAAAGAAGGGAGAAGCCUUCGACUCUGAAAACACAGUUCACACAGUCAAACAUGGUGGUGGGAGUGUAAUGCUGUGGGGCUUCGCCGUCGGGUCUUCCAGCAAGAAGUUGAUCCGAGGCACACGUCCAAUUCGGUCCAAAAUUUAUUGAGGGACACCAAAUUCCAGGUCCUGGAGUGGCCCUUUCAAAGCUCGGAUCUCAGUUCUAUUGAGAACCUACGGCGGGAGCUCAAUUACCUUGAGCUAAAAUCCGUCAAGAGACAUGUACCAACCUAGUUAGGAGCUACAGUAAGAGGUGGCUUUCAGUUGUGAGUCAGAAAGGUUACACUUUUGACUAUUAAUUGUCAGAGGGCUAAUAAUUCUGGCCCUGUCAUUUUUGUUUAUAUAAAAUAUACGUGUGUGUGUAUAUAUGUAUGUAUAUGUGUAGUGAUAAUUUGUUGAAGUAUAAAAAAAAAAUGGUGGGUAUUUUGGGGUCGUCUUCCAAAAAUGGGUGAGGAGUAAGGAUGAAAUGUUCUCCGUGUCCUCAGGUUGCUAUGGAGUGCCUCGAGACAGCAAUCUGGAAGGAUGGAGGUGUUCACGCUGUGAGGCUAACGCAUUUAAUCAGGACUGCUGUUUGUGUUCUUUAAGAGGAGGAGCGCUGCAGAGAGCCAACAAUGAGAAGUGGGUGCAUGUGUUUUGUGCAGUAGCAGUUUUAGAAGCCAGGUUCGUGAACAUCGCUGAUCGCAGGCCGGUCGAUCUCAGUGCUAUACCGCUACAGAGAUUUAAACUGAAAUGUCACUACUGUCGGAAGCGGAUGAAGAGGGUUUCCGGCUGCUGCGUUCAGUGUUCCCACGGCCGCUGCUCGUCCUCGUUCCACCCCACGUGCGCUCAGGCGGCCGGCGUUCACAUGCACCCCGACGACUGGCCAUUUGUCGUCUUCUUCACCUGCUGGAGACACAAAGGAGGCACGAACAUCGAGCGCAACAAGGCGUCUCUGCGGGAACUGGUGGAGGGACAGAAAGUCAUCUGCAAGCACAAAAACGGCCGGUACUACCAGUGCGAGGUGGUGGAGCUCACCAAAGCGACGUUCUACGAGGUCGUCUUCGAUGACGGCUCGUUCAGCGACAAUCUUUUCCCAGAGGACAUAGUGAACAGAGACUGCGUGCGACUCGGGCCUCCAGCAGAGGGCGACGUGGUGCAGGUGCGCUGGACAGACGGACUGAUCUACGGAGCGAAGUUCGUAGCGGCUCACGUCAUCCCCAUGUACCAGUUGGAGUUCGAGGACGAGUCUCAGCUGACGGUCAAGCGGGAGGAAGUGUACUGUCUGGACGAGGAGCUGCCCAAACGUGUAAAGGCACGACUGUCCGUGGCGUCGGAUAUGCGCUUUAAAGGAGUCUUCGUGGAGAAGGAAGUCAAACAGGACUCGAAAAGACAGCGCUUCAUCAACUCGCGCUACAGAGAAGACUAUAUCGAACCUUCUAUCUACAGAGCCAUCAUGGAGUGACGUCACGCUCCGCGUGGAACGCUCCGCAACGGGACUCGUCAGACCCCGGCUCUGUUUUUAGCGUAAACAGCGAUGUCCAAACGUGACGGCCACGGAUUGUUUGUUUGUUUGGUUUUUUUCCCCUGAAGGUCUUUAAUCCUGUCUUUAACCUGUUUUUCCACUGACACGGUGCCGCUGUGGUUAAACACCAAACCUAAGCAAAGAUGUCGCGUAAUCCGACGCACGAGCCUCCGAGUACACCUGUAAACCCCGCGUGUGAUCCGACGCACGAGCCUCUGAGUACACCUGUAAACCCCGCGCGUGCGCCGGCGAUCCAUCGUUUCCUACGCGCGUCUCGAUUUCAGCUCGUUUCCACUCAGAUUUUCCCAAUUUUAUGCGGAUUAGGUACGACUAAGCGAGGAAAAAUAAAUAAAUAAAACGAUCGUCACGAACGAUUCCUCAGGACGACGCCCAUGUUCCGACGUUUCUUCGGUUCCCGUUAGAGUCCGCCGCUUUUACUUCCUACCUGCAGUUUGUUCUGCAGAAGUGGAAGAGAAGCCUAUAAGCGUCUUGUUCCGUCACGUAUAGUCCCUCAUUAAAUGUGUGAAUCAUGGAAGGAAGUACGGAAGCAGCUAGUACACGCGCUAAUCUAGCGAGUGACGUGUAAAGCGAUCUUAAAUGCGGGUUUUAAAUAAAAGCGGUGUGUGUAAAUAGUAUAGUUGGCUUUAGGUUAUGAGUUUUGGCUACGAAUAAAAAAAAAUUGUAAAAAAAAAUAAAUGAAGCCGGACAGGCCACGCCCACCAGAGACGAAACGGUCACGGCUGCCGUAGCAAUUUUACAAACUUUACAAAGUUCAAGGUUCUAGUUCUACCUUUUCUUCCGACUGUAUUCCUCGUAAGAAUUCCUUCGCUCACGAUUCGUGAAGAAUGCGUGCAAAUUUCUCUUGGGGGGGGGUGGGGGGAAUAAAAUCCUUUUUAGUAAAGACUAAAUGGGAUCCAGAUUAGCACCGUGUCUGUGGAAAAGCUUUUCCCGACACUCCUCAUCGUUUACGGUGGUCACGGUACGGAUCGGAUGGCGUAUCCCAGUCGAACCGCACAUCAUCGUACACGUCGGUAGCACGGGCCGGGAUUUCCUGCUAACGCUCUGUGGAUAAAUCUCCAGGAGGAAUUCUGGCACGUGGUCACUGUGUAAUCUACUGUAAAGAUAGAAGUUUUUUUUUUUUUUUAAAUAGGAAGGCCUAGCCUUAUAUUUUCCUUCGCUUAUUUUCUAGGCUCAGAUUCUGGGUUAACGUUUAAUUUAUAUCUCGGAUUAGUUUGAAUCGUUGCUUUUUAUCUCCUGAAAGUUUUCACCGCUUUGGCUUUGUUUGUAAAAAAAAAAAAAAAAAAAAAAGAAAAAGGAGAAAAAAAAAAAUUGUAUUUAUAUGUUUUGACUUUACGAAUGGCGUUUUUGUUCCCUUCUAGUUUUCUACUCCUUUUUACUCUGUUGAUCGUUAGGAACGAAUAUUGGCAGGUUAAAAAAACAAAAAAAACCAAAACGGAUGCACUUACUGACCGUUUCUCUUCUUUCCCCCUGAAUGCGUUGUGUGUGUGUGUGUGUGUGUGUGUGUGUGUGUGUGUGUGUGUGUGUGUGUGUGUGUGUGAUUUAAUUAGCAAAACAAGGAAAUCUUUCUUGAAUCAUGUCUCCGUUUAGAGACUUCUCUGGUUCUAGUAAUUGUAAACUCAUGACUGCUUCCUUUCUUCAUUAAAGCAGCUUGAUUUGGA